AUGAUGCGGCUUCGAGGUUCGGCGAAGCUGCGGGACCUUCUCCUGCGGCCGUCCGCUGUCCCCAGCGCGGCUCUGAGGCGGGCGCAGCCUCUCGUCACGCUGUGCCAGCGCCCCCGUGGCGGCGGACCGGAGGCCGCCGGGUCUGCGGCCGCCGCGCGGCUGUACCCGUGGUGGGGCGGGGGCGGCCGGCCGGCAGGGCUCCUUGCCCGGGGCUUGUCCAGCUCCCCCUCAGAGAUACUCCAGGAAUUGGGCAAGGGGGGCACCCAGCAGCAGCAGCAGCAACAGCAGCCGCCGCCGCAGCCAGGGGCGUCACCGCCUGCGGCCCCGCCAGCGCCCGGCCCCAAGGACGGCCCCGGGGAGACGGAAGUGUUCGGCAACCGCGAGGGCAAGGAGCUGGUGGCCUCAGGAGAAAAUAAAAUAAAACAGGGUCUGUUACCUAGCUUGGAAGAUUUGCUGUUCUAUACAAUUGCAGAAGGACAAGAGAAAAUACCCGUUCAUAAAUUUAUUACAGCACUCAAAUCUACAGGAUUGCGAACGUCUGAUCCCAGGUUGAAAGAGUGUAUGGAUAUGUUAAGAUUAACUCUUCAAACAACAUCAGAUGGUGUCAUGCUAGACAAAGAUCUUUUUAAAAAAUGUGUUCAAAGCAACAUUGUUUUGUUGACACAAGCAUUUAGAAGAAAGUUUGUCAUUCCUGACUUUAUGUCUUUUACCUCUCAUAUCGAUGAGUUAUAUGAAAGUGCUAAAAAGCAGUCUGGCGGAAAGGUUGCAGAUUAUAUUCCUCAACUGGCCAAGUUUAGUCCUGAUUUGUGGGGUGUAUCUGUUUGCACAGUAGACGGACAGAGGCAUUCUAUUGGAGAUACCAAAGUUCCAUUUUGUCUUCAGUCCUGUGUAAAACCUUUGAAAUAUGCCAUUGCUGUUAAUGAUCUUGGAACAGAAUAUGUACAUCGAUAUGUUGGGAAAGAGCCAAGUGGAUUAAGAUUCAACAAACUGUUUUUAAAUGAAGAUGAUAAGCCACAUAAUCCUAUGGUAAAUGCUGGAGCAAUUGUUGUGACUUCAUUAAUAAAGCAAGGAGUGAAUAAUGCUGAAAAAUUUGACUAUGUGAUGCAGUUUUUGAAUAAGAUGGCUGGUAAUGAAUAUGUUGGAUUCAGUAAUGCAACGUUUCAGUCUGAAAGAGAAAGUGGAGAUCGAAAUUUUGCAAUAGGAUAUUACUUAAAAGAAAAAAAGUGUUUUCCAGAAGGCACAGACAUGGUUGGUAUAUUAGACUUCUAUUUCCAGCUGUGUUCCAUUGAAGUAACUUGUGAAUCAGCUAGUGUGAUGGCUGCAACACUGGCAAAUGGUGGUUUCUGCCCCAUUACUGGUGAAAGAGUACUCAGCCCUGAAGCAGUUCGAAAUACAUUGAGUUUGAUGCAUUCCUGUGGCAUGUAUGAUUUCUCAGGGCAGUUUGCUUUCCAUGUUGGUCUUCCUGCAAAAUCUGGAGUUGCUGGGGGCAUUCUUUUAGUUGUCCCGAAUGUCAUGGGCAUGAUGUGCUGGUCCCCACCUCUGGACAAAAUGGGCAACAGUGUUAAGGGAAUUCAUUUUUGUCAUGAUCUAGUUUCUCUGUGUAAUUUCCAUAACUAUGAUAAUUUGAGACACUUUGCAAAAAAACUUGAUCCUCGAAGAGAAGGUGGUGAUCAAAGGCAUUCCUUUGGACCAUUGGACUAUGAAAGUCUCCAACAAGAACUUGCUUUAAAAGAGACAGUGUGGAAAAAAGUGUCACCUGAGUCAAAUGAGGACAUCUCUACAACUGUAGUAUAUAGGAUGGAAAGUCUGGGAGAGAAAAGCUAAAGAAAUGGGGUUUAGUUUCACAAUGUUCUCCAUUUAACCUUUCAAUAAUCUUCAGUUUUUUUGCAUACUAUAAAUAUUUAUUUGAGGUUUUUGUGUUCUCAACUUUGAGUGCUGGAGCCAGAAAGCUGUCUUUUUUUUUUUUUUUUUAUCUUUGUGUAAAACCAAUAGAUUAAAAGUGGAUUUGUCAAUUUUUAAAAAGUAUUUAUAAAUAAAUAAAGCAAAUUUGCUUUAUUUUAAAAAAUGCAAAAGAAAAAAUUUAAAAAAUUUUUUCUUGGUAUAGUUAAAAAUUUAACUCUAGAGUUAAAAUAGUAACAGAAAUUUAAAAUAGUAACAAAAAUUUAAAAUAGAACAGAAAUGUGUAAUUUCUUGGUUCUAAAACUCACAUUGAAUUUGUAAGUUUCAUUACAUUUUGUUUUUUCUCUUCCUAUUUUAAAACUGAUAUGAUGUCUGUAGUGGCAAUAGAAAGUAUUUUUAUGCUAAAUAACAAAACUUUUAAAAAGGUAAAAUAAUGAAUCCUAAAUUAUUUAAUAUAACAGUAGAUUAUAAAAUUAGCUCGUUUACAUUUUAUGCCAUUUUUAUUAAGUCAUGUCUUAUGCCACUUUGUAAGUCAUGUCUUUGCUUUUUUACUUUGCAACUCCUAUGUUCUGUCAGAAUUGUCAUGUACAGGAGUGUCUUAUGUUACUAAAACAUUCCAGCCAAAGAAUUGCAGAUAUAAGGUAAUGACAUGUUUCACUGUCAAAAAGCUUUGAUUACUCAGGAGCAGUAUUGAGUAUCUUCAAGUGAAAUGUUUACCUGAGCAAUUUUAUCUUCAUAUUAUUCACUUAACUUUUCCUGUUAUAUUUAAAUAUAAAUGGUGAAUCUUGGUUUUUAGCUUUUAAUGAUUUUAUUCUAAUAAUUUCAAAAAUGUUAAUGAAUCUUUCAUGAUAAAAUAUAGUAACAUUUCAUAAACUGUUCUGUUUGAACUCUUAUAAAUUACUUAGGAAAUGAAUUAAGUCUGAAGGUAGUAAUAAUUCUACUAAAGUAUCUAUUAGGUCUGAAUCCUUUCAUUUGGUUAUAAAAAUAGAAUAUUGAGAAUCAAAACUUAUUUGUAAAAGGACUGUAGAUUCUAUACAACCUGAUUUCAAAUAAUUCACAAUAUUUGAAGUCUGUUUGGCAAAGAGAUUAUAAAAUUCUACAGGACCUAUUCACACUUCUUCCGUACUCCAUAUACCUCUCGACUUCUCCUCACAGUUUCCCAAAGCUUGAAGGUGUUUUUUGUUUUAUUUUUUUUUUGUUAAUUCAUUUUUAAACUUGUAGAUUUUGGAGGGGCAGGGUGAGGUCUAGAAUGAGAAAUUGAUAGUUUCUUAGUAUCACAGCAUAUAUGUGCUAAGGCAAAAUCUGUAAACGUAAAUACAAUAUAGCAAAAAAAGAUUUCAUUGGAUCAUUUAGAUACUAGUGCAAAUAUAGAUAUAGAAAAUCUUGGUCAUAUGAUAUCUUGAGUUUGGGAACUAGGAUAUUAGGAAAAAAUUUCCUCUCAAAAGGUGUUGUUCAAAAGCCUUUGGAGCUAACAUAAGUAUUAAAACUUAGAAUAGUUAAAUAAUUGUAUGUUAAGUUUUAGAGGAUUUUACCAAGGAUUUUAUGGUUGUUUGAAUGGUCCUCUAAUGUACAGAUGCAUAUCCUAACUGGAUGCUUCUGGUUGUGCUGUUUAUACCUCAUCUCUGCUAUACCUUUGGACACUAUAAGUUUCACCAGGGCCAUUUGUGGUUUGGGGAACUGAACACCUUCACUGAUAGCUUGCCAAAAAGGCUUUAGUCACUGUCCCUCCCCCACCUCCCUCCCCAUAUGCUAUAAAUUGUUACAUUUUACUAUUUUAUUUGUAAAUUAGUUUUACUUUAUAAAAUAAAAAUUUAAUGUUUAACACUGUAUCCACAGAUUUCAAAAUUGUUGUUAAUUUGUGGCACUUUUAUUAUGUUGGUAAAGCUUAAAUGUACACUCACCAGUAAAGGAGGGUUAUCUAACUUAUUAUGUUUAUAAAAUCUUAUUAAGGACGAGCAUCCCAAAAUUUUGUAGGACAGUAUAAAUGGAAGAUGACGGAAGAUAAUUGUGAAUAGGUCCUUAAACUUUACAGUAAAAAAGAAAGAAAAGUCUUUGCCAGAUCAACGACAUUAUUUUAAUUCCUUCAGUGUUUUUUAACACAUUUUCAAAUACAGUUCUUGAAAAGUACCCAGUUAUUGUAGGAUUUAAUGUUUCAUGCCAUUACUGAUUCUUGAUAUUCAAGCAUUUAGAAGUUAGCAUAUUUGUUUUUCUUUUUAUUCAUCAUUAACAUUUCAUUUGAAAUGCAUAUCCUUCUUGAAAUACUUUAUUUUUAGCAUAAAUGUUGUGCAUUUUAAUCUUCGUGUUUGGAUUAAAACAUUUGUGUUAUUUAGCUUUCUUUCAUUUGCUUUGUAUAUUUAAUAAUGUAUCUUUUAUUUUCUAGUAUGCAUAUUUUUUGUAUUGUACAAUAAAUUUAUUUUAAGCUGAUUUUAUUGUUUUUUUUUAUGAAAGCAUCUACAGCAUUCCUAAGUACGACAGUUGGAAUUUUAACUUUUAAAAAGUUAUCCUUUAUGAAGAUACUGUUAAAGUGCUUUAUGUUUUUAAUUACUUCUGAGGCUGUGGUGAAGAGAAAACUAGAAAUACUCAAAAGGGCUUCAUCCUUUGAUUUUUUUUUUUUUAAUGCAGUGUACCGUUGGUGGGAUUUGGUUAGGGUGGGUGAGUGGGAGUUUUCCUAUUGGUUGUAGUAAGAGUAUUUGAAUAAAGCCUUUCUUACUAAUUUUUUUUUUCUAUUUGACAACCUAAAACACAAAACACUAUUUGCAGGUUCUUUCUGCUUUCUGAGGAAGAGUAUCAUUGAUGUUAUGGAUAUGUAAUCUGUUACCUAGAGUAGGAAAAACAUAUUGCUAAAUCAAAUGAAGAGUAUCAUAAUCUCAGUAGAAUUUAUGUUGAGUGGGGUAAUUACAAUACAGAAAUUUACCUUAGUUAUUUUUAAGGGAUUUAAGUUUUGGAAGAAACUAAAAUUAAUUUAAAUUAAAUUUUGGUAUAUUUCCACAGCAUGGUCCAAAUUAUACCUAGUCUUCAUGAACUGUAGAUCAAAUAUAGUACUUAAAAUUUUUCUGUUUGAUGAAAUCUGCCAGUCACAUCCAGAAAAGACAUCCCAAAUAUACUGUAGAUGUUUUAAAACUGUUUGAAAGGGAAAUACUGUUGUUUGCAGGAAUUGUAUUUAUCUGUAGGAUUUUUUUUUUCAUAAAGUUUUUUGGGGGCUAGUAAAUAAAGACUGUGUCAUGGUAUAUUCAGUGUGUAAUAGUUUAUGAUGAUUUGCUUUAAAAGAUACAUUGGGUUUUGUCAUAUGGUGGUGGUGGUGGUUUUUAACCAUUUAAUGCAAAGGGAGAGGUGA